GUUGAAGGUUUGGUUCUGAACGAAUCCGUUCCGUUUUGCCCGAAUCCGCCUCUCCGUGCUCGUUCCUUUUGACGCACUUAAAGAGUCUUCCCUCAACCUUAAGGCGAGUCGCAGCGACCAAUCACCGAGCCAUUACAGGCUUCAGCGGACGCUGUUUAUGUGACUCCAACACUAAUUAGGCUCAUGAACUAACAAAUCGCCUGCACAACUGCUGGAGAACUGAUCACAUGCAUGGAUUGUCUGGACUAGGUGACCACCUCUGUAGAGAUUUGUUGUUUUUUUUCUUCAUCUUCUUUCUGUUCUUUUCACAACUUAAUCAUCGCAGGCAAACUUUCAUCUUCAGAGUGGAGUAUUUCUUAGCGAGAACGCUUGCGUCUGUUUGAUUUGAGCUGGAGGGAUCUUGACUGGUAAACCAUGUUUCAACCGACACCGAAGAGGUGUUUCACCAUAGAAUCGUUGGUAGCGAAGGAUAAUCCUCUGCCAGCGUCGAGGUCCGAGGAGCCCAUUCGCCCGGCAGCUCUCAGCUAUGCAAACUCCAGCCAGAUGAACCCAUUUCUGAACGGCUUCCACUCCAGCGGCAGGGGCGUCUACUCUAAUCCGGACUUGGUGUUCGCCGAGGCAGUUUCGCACCCUCCAAACUCCGCUGUCCCGGUUCAUCCUGUCCCCCCUCCGCACGCACUGGCUGCACACCCGCUCUCGUCCCCGCACAGUCCGCACCCACUGUUUGCUAGCCAGCAACGGGACCCUUCAACUUUCUACCCUUGGCUAAUUCAUAGAUAUAGAUAUUUGGGUCAUAGAUUCCAAGGCAACGAGACAAGCCCGGAAAGCUUCCUUUUACACAAUGCACUGGCGAGAAAGCCCAAAAGAAUUCGGACAGCGUUUUCCCCCUCGCAACUACUGCGGCUUGAACACGCUUUCGAAAAAAAUCACUACGUCGUUGGUGCAGAAAGAAAACAGCUCGCACACAGCCUUAGCCUCACAGAAACUCAGGUAAAAGUUUGGUUCCAAAACCGAAGAACGAAAUUCAAACGUCAGAAACUAGAAGAGGAGGGCUCUGACUCGCAGCAGAAGAAGAAGGGGACACAUCACAUAAACCGAUGGAGGCUGGCGACGAAGCAAGGCAGUCCAGAGGAAAUUGACGUCACUUCAGACGAUUAAAAAACUGAUUUUCUGAGCCUGGGACAGUGCGUGGAGGAUGACGCGGAUAAGACUGCUUAUGUAGCAGAACGAGAGGGUAAAGACAAUGUCAAAAUUCGCUUCUUUGGACAUCGGCAGCUGAGGGUGAGAGAGGUCCGAUUGGUGACAAUACUGUCACAAACAUGGAACUGUCAAUCCGAUUCAAAGUUCCAAGGCGAGGGGAUUGACAGGUAUCACAUGCACAUGCAGUCCAUCACCACCCGCCCCCCACCCCCACCCCCCAGACACACACAACCUAACUCCUUGCCCCCCACCCCCUCCCCUCCACCCGUCUUUCCGCGACCACUAUCUCACACUUACCACCCAUUUAAAAAAAUACAAAUCCAAUUCGCAUUGGACGUUUGCACUUCUGAAAGUUUCUAAAUAUGAACGUUCCACACAAGAUACCAAAACACACAACUGUUUUUGUAAAACUUGAAUUGCAUGGUAGAGGAAAUAAUUUUUGUAGUUGUUUUAAUUUGAGCAUUUUCCAAAUACUUUUGUUUUAACCCUAUUUUUUAAUCUUCUCAGAGAUGUUGUGUGCUUCUUCCUUUUUUUUUUUACAACAGUGUGCAGUCUUUGAACUUUUGACUUCUCGUGUUAAAGUGAUUGUGAAAACAAUAUGAAGUAGCAGUGCUGCGGUAUAGUGUUUUUUAAAAAGAAAAGGCAAAAGAUAAAUACAUUUCAAACUUUAUAAACCUUUACCACAGAUAAAGUACUCUAAAUUAAAGUAUUCAGGACAUUCCUUUAAAGCUUUACCAUGUCUCCGUAACCUUGGUGCGAACAUGUCGUCAGGACUGGCCUCUCCCGUGAAAGUUGCCAUGAAGGACUAAAUGUAAAUGACGGCCGUAUUGGCAGCAAGAAUUUAAGCACUGAGCGUAUUUCAUGUAUAGUGGUACUUAAAGUUAAUGUUUCUGUUAAACCCUCUUUUAUCAGAAUGUAAAUAAUUUUGUGUUUGUGUUAAGUUUGCUACAAUUUUAACACAAAGUAUACUUCCAAGAAGUAUGUAAUUGUCAAUAUUUUGUCAAUAAAGUUUUAUCAAUAUGCUGCUCAGAGUAAAA